ACGUGGAGUAUGAGGUGAUCGUGCCGGACAGUACAGUAGCGCCUGCCCGCCCCGGAUCUGCGCCCUUCUCAUUGGUACGGUGGAGGUGCUGUGAUAGACUCGAGCGGCCGGCCGGCCCGAACGCGAGAAGGAGCGAAAGCGGCGAGCUGUGCUAUCAAGAGACUAAAUGUGGGCUCUAAAGAUCGGUCCGUGUACCAGAAGCAAUGCAAGAUAAUGCUCAUGUAAACGGUACCUGAACGUGUGAGAUAUCAUCAGUUAUUUUAAGGGGAUACAAAUUCCCACGAUGAUCUUUGGACACGAGCUGACGAAAGUGCCCGUGUUUCUUUUUUUAGAAGCUGUUUUCUUUGCAAAGUACUUUUGUAUGAAUUAGUUCGAGAAAUGGAAUGAAACUGUUUUUUUCCUGGUAGUUUUAAAGCUGCAUGACAACAUCGAAGCCGAGUCGAAUUGGGUUGUUUUCCUCUCCCAGCCGAUAAGGGAUUUAUCCUCCUAUGUCAAAAGCAGAGCUUGGCAAACAGCUGUUCAAGUGUCUGAAAUGUCAUUAUAAGAAGAACUCUAGAAGGGAUUUCAUGUUGAUGAAGAUCGUCUGCUCAGAAGUGAGCUCUAACCUGAGCAGCCAGGCCCAUGACUACACCGACUGCCGGGAGGGCGGAGCUGAGGCCAGCCUCAUGGUGUCCCCGCUGGUGGUGGCAGGGAUUGUUAUCGGCCUGGUGCUCUUCCUGUCCUGUGUUACCAUCAUUGUGGGCAGUUUGCGCAAAGACGGCCGGCUACAUAACCCCCACCUGCGCCCUAGAGAUGUCUCGGAUGGCCUCUCCCAUGGUGGCUCCGUCGGGGAGCUGAGGUGGACGUGCAUUGCGGAAUUCCCCCCAGCCUUUGAUUUCAGCUCUUAUGCAGAAAGUCCGUCUCACGGCAACAUGAUGUAUCCUGAUGCACCGCCUCACUAUGAAGAAUGUGUUAGACCCGGUGCCACAGAGAUCUACUUGCCCACGGAUGACCCUCCACCAUACUCUCUCACUGACCCCUGUCUGGGGGGAGCCCUGCUGGACGAGCUGGGGGAACAGUGGGGAGGUGCCUCCUGGCUGAUGGGAAGCACUGGGGUGCCAUACGUGCCUGGACUUCCGCUGGCCUCCGUUUCCCUCUCAGGCCUGCCCCUGGAGGACGUUCCUCCCUACGAAGCCAUAGUGAGAAGCCAGAACCAGCACAUCCCUCUGAUACCUACAGAUCUGCUCAAGCACACGGUGGCGGAUGGCAGCCCCAGGGGACCCACCACGGACAGAAUCCUGUAGCCCAAGCGACCCAGAGCUUGUUGCAGACAUAUAAUGCUCUGCAUUCUUGAUAUAAAGACCUUUCAUUUUGUACA